UCUUUGUUUCAUUGUGAGCAGCACAUUGAGCAUUCUGCAAGGAGAGCAAACCAUGGACCAACGAAAGGAAGAAAUUACACGAAGGCCAUUGUAUGUCUAUGAUCUACCGAAGGAUAUACUGUCGACUCUGACGCGAAAGGCGAACACGGGAGAUGGUCCGGACGAACAGGUUCUUGCGCCUCUAGCUGGAGAUAGUGAACCAAAAGAUGAAUCAAGAACAGAGAAUGCGGUUGGGCCAAAGGCAUGCUCGUUAUGCGGGGUCGCCUUCCACACGGUGGAGGACCAGCGAAGUCAUAUCAAGUCGGAUUUGCAUGGCUACAACUUGAAGCAGCGGAUGCGAGGCGCAAAACCAGUGAGCGAGGUAGAGUUUGAGAAGCUGGUUGGAGAUCUCGAUGAAAGUCUGUCAGGCUCUGAUUCAUCCGAUUCCGAGGACGACGAGAACGAUGUGAGGAAAGAGACAACGCUAAGCGCAUUGCUCAAGAGACAGGCUGCCAUAUCAUCAAGCAACAAUGGGGAGGGCGAAGAUCUUGCGCCAAGGAAGAAGGAACGAGGAUCAGGGAAACCUCCUCUGUUGUGGUUUACAACGCCUACACUUCCAACGAACACCUAUCUCGGAAUCUACCGCGCAAUAUUCACGAAUGCAGAGCAAGAGAAUGAGGCAGCCAUCCUCGAGACCAUCCAGAAGAAACAACUUACCCCGAAGCCCCAGACAAAGAUUCCAGUCGACCCGAACAAUGGCGUACCUCCACCCGAAGCAUAUAAAGACCCCCACAUAUUUCUAUGCAUGAUUGGAGGUGGACAUUUCGCUGCCAUGGUUGUGUCGUUAACACCAAAACUGACAAAGUCAGCGUCAACUGGGCCUCUGGCGAAAGAGGCAACGGUUCUAGCGCAUAAGACCUUCCAUCGAUACACGACGAGGCGGAAGCAGGGUGGUGCACAAUCUGCGAGUGAUAGUGCUAAGGGAGCGGCUCAUUCAGCUGGUUCUAGUCUACGUCGUUACAACGAACAGGCGUUAAUAGAUGAGGUGCGGCAACUACUUCAGGAUUGGAAAGGCAUGAUUGAUACUUCAGAACUACUCUUUAUACGAGGUUCGGGUAGUACAAACAGGAGGACACUGUUUGGCCCCUAUGAUGGACAGGUCCUACGACAGAACGAUCCGAGGAUACGUGGAUUCCCAUUCACGACCCGCCGAGCUACGCAAAAUGAACUCAUGCGAUCAUUCGUGGAGCUUACACGAGUGAAAGUAUUUGAAGUCGACGAAGCUGCCAUUGCCGCAGCAAAAGCCGCAGCUGAGGCAGCAAAGCAAUCUGCCGCUGCGAAAAGCAACAAACCAUCAACGCCCACGCAGGCCAAGCGAUCCGAAGAAGAAGAAACCGCCAUUCUCCACACAACCCAAAUCCAAGCACUCAUCCGCCGCUCCAAACUCCCAGCCCUCCUCUCAUAUCUAAAAACCAACAACCUACCCCCGGAUUUCAAGUUCUACCCGCCAGACGCCCAACAAAAUCAUCAUGCCCCCGCCCCGUUACAUCUCGCAGCGAGUCAAAACUCCGCCCCCUUAGUAUCCGGCCUCCUGCUCAAAGCCGGCGCGGACCCCACGCUCCUCAACCACGACGGCAAGACGCCCUUCGACCUCGCCGGCGACCGCGCAACCCGGGACGCAUUCCGCGUUGCGCGGUUCGAGCUCGGCGAGAGCAAAUUCGACUGGCAAGCCGCGCACAUCCCGGCCGGGCUCUCGCGUGCCGAAGCGGAAGAACGCGACGCGCGCGAGAAGCAAGAAGAGGCGAAGAGAGAAGAGGAGCGGCGCAGGACGGAACUAGCAAGAUUGAAAGAGGAGGGCCCGAAGGUGGAGGAGCGGGGACCGCUGGGGAAGGCGGCGGGUCGGGGCAGGGCGCUGGCUUUGGGCAUGGUGCAGAAGACGGCGCAGGAGAAGAGGGAGGAGGAGGCGAGGGGCAUGACGCCCGAGAUGAGGAUGAGGCUCGAGAGGGAGAGGAGGGCGAGAGCGGCGGAGGCGAGGAUGAAAGCUAUGGCUGGGAAAUAGAUAGCCACCAUAUCCCAUUGAAUUGAGCGAUGCCUCGCAAUAGCUAUGUAACUCCGUGUCCCCACCUACGUAUGAAGAGAUAGCAAGCAGACCUCCCUUAACGAU